AGGACUAAAGCCCUCUCUGUGCUCAGCUGCCAUGCUUCUUCCAAGGGUAAAGCCUUCAAGGUAAAGCCCUCACGGUCACAGCCAACUGAGGAUUCCUCCUGUAUUGGUUUCCUUUGUGAGCUUAGCUAGGACAGUCCACCCUUGUUAUCAGCAGAGCAGCCAGGCCAACUACGGGGGCAAGUCACAGGUGAGAAUGAGCCCAGUGUGACCCCGCUGUGCUCUGCCGGCAUGCUGAGUCUGGGAGGAUGCCAGCUCUUUUGAAGGGACCCAGACCCAGACCAGAGCACACCCCAAGGACACAUCUGUAGGGGGAACACCAGAGCUCAGAUUCUUGAUGCUUUAGGAGUCAUGGUAGAGAACCUGGGGGAACUUAGUCCUUGAAACCUGAAACCUGGAGGAACAAACAGAAGGAGUCUCUUGACUCAGUUUAUCCCCAGCCCCAGCCAGGGAGCACCAUGUGCACAGUAGACAUUGUAGGUUUCUAUAUUUAUCAUGAUAGUUUUCCAGUGGCUUGUUCUUCAUAAUUGGUAUAUUAGAGCAGUUUCCCAGCAGCACGGUAUGGGCUCAUGGCAGCUCUGCUCUCCAGUCUACCAAACUACCCUCUCUGGGCCUCAGUUUCCUCAUCUGUAAAAUGAGGGGGUUAGACUAGAUGAUUGGGAAAGUCCUUUUGCUCUGAUACUGUACAAGCCGUGUAGGAGCCAGUGAGUGUCCCGACUGACUGCUGGGGCUGGCAGCCCUGUGCAAGGCUGCCACCUCUGCCCCUCUGCUGUACCAGCUCUUGACUCCAUGUCUGGUUUCCAAGGAGGAGAAGCCCCCACGAAUGAAUAGAGACUCCUCUGAGCCGAGGACACCAUGGCCACGUCAGCCCCACUGAGGAGCCUGGAGGAGGAGGUGACCUGCUCCAUCUGCCUCGAUUACCUGCGGGACCCCGUGACUAUUGACUGUGGCCAUGUCUUCUGCCGCAGCUGUACCACUGAUGUGCGCCCCAUCUCGGGGGGUCGCCCUGUCUGUCCCCUCUGCAAGAAGCCUUUUAAAAAAGAAAAUAUCCGACCUGUGUGGCAGCUGGCCAGCCUGGUAGAGAACAUCGAGCGGCUGAAAGUGGACAAGGGCAGGCAGCUGGGAGAAGGGGCCCAGGAGCAGCAGGAUGCAAAGUUGUGUGAGCGGCACCAGGAGAAGCUGCAUUACUACUGUGAGGAUGACGGGAAGCUGCUGUGCGUGAUGUGCCGGGAGUCUCGGGAGCACAGGCCCCACACUGCUGUCCUCGUGGAGAAGGCUGCCCAGCCCCACAGGGAAAAAAUCCUGAACCACCUGAGUAUCCUAAGGAGAGACAGAGACAAAAUUCAGGGCUUUCAGGCAAAAGGAGAAGCUGAUAUCCUGGCUCUGCUGAAGAAGCUCCAGGACCAGAGGCAGUACAUCGUGGCUGAAUUUGAGCAGGGCCACCAGUUCCUGAGGGAGCGGGAGCAGCACCUGCUGGACCAGCUGGCCAGGCUGGAGCAGGAGCUCACAGAGGGCAGGGAGAAGUACAAGACCAGGGGCAUCGGGGAGCUUGCCCGGCUGGCGCUGGCCAUCUCCGAGCUGGAGGGCAAGGCACAUCAGCCGGCUGCAGAGCUCAUGCAGGAUACCAGAGACUUCUUAAACAGGUAUCCACGGAAGAAGUUCUGGAUUGGGAAACCCAUUGCUCGGGUAGUUAAAAAAAGGACAGGAGAAUUCUCAGAUAAACUUCUGUCUCUGCAAAGAGGCCUGAGAGAAUUCCAAGGGAAGCUGCUGAGAGACUUGGAAUAUAAAACAGUGAGUGUCACCUUGGACCCACAGUCAGCCAGUGGGUACCUGCAGCUUUCAGAGGAUUGGAAGUGCGUGACCUACAGCAGCCUGUACCAGGGCACAUACCUGCACCCCCAGCAGUUUGACUGUGAGCCGGGGGUGCUGGGCAGUAAGGGCUUCACCUGGGGCAAGGUCUACUGGGAGGUGGAGGUGGAGAGGGAGGGCUGGUCCGAGGAUGAAGAGGAGGGGGACGAGGAGGAAGAGGGGGAAGAGGAGGAGGAGGAAGAGGAGGCCGGCUACGGGGAUGGGUAUGAGGACUGGGAAACAGAUGAGGACGAGGAGUCAUUGGGGGACGAAGAGGAAGAGGAGGAGGAGGAGGAGGAAGUUCUGGAAAGCUGCAUGGUGGGGGUGGCCAGAGACUCUGUGAAGAGGAAGGGAGACCUCUCCCUGCGGCCAGAGGACGGGGUGUGGGCGCUGCGCCUCUCCUCAGCAGGCAUCUGGGCCAACACCAGCCCUGAGGCCGAGCUCUUCCCGGCGCUGCGGCCCCGGAGAGUAGGCAUCGCCCUGGAUUAUGAGGGGGGCACCGUGACCUUCACCAACGCGGAGUCGCAAGAACUUAUCUACACAUUCACUGCCACCUUCACUCGGCGCCUCGUCCCCUUCCUGUGGCUGAAGUGGCCAGGAACACGCCUCCUGCUGAGACCAUGAGCCCAAGCCCCUGCCGCCAGCCCCAGACCCACCCAUUUCUCUGGAAUUCCAGAAAACCCUGUGAUGGGGGCUUGGAGGUGCCAGGCUAGAGCCCCUGGAGCAGCGGAGAGGAGGGACCCCAUGUGUGCUGCCUCCCCCUCCUCGUGGCUGCGGCCCCGGGGGCCCUCAGUGCUAUCGCUCCAUCGGUACUGCUGUUGUCAGGCCUCCUGAAGUUCCUGUGCAAAUUUCUGACCCUGAAGUCCAUGAGGGCUCCUCCUCCUCCUCCUGCCUACUGCCUUUGACCCAGCUCUGCACUCUUUUUAUUGAGUAAGAGGCAAGGCAGGAUUUCCUUGCCCAGUAUGGCAUGUCAUGCCGACUGUCCUUGGAAACACCAUUGACUUACAAGUCAAAGCUGCUUUGCUGUCCUUGGAUCCCACAGCUUCCCCCUUGCCCAAAUCCACUUUGCUCCCUACCUUCUCUGACACUUUAAAAAACAUUAAACAUACAGGAAAAUGCUGAAAACAGACAACAAAAAUUAACUGAGGCCCUUUAAAUAAGCCCCCUGGAGUGACAGUGGAUGUCAUCUCGGGAGGUCUGGAAUGGAGUCCAUGCUUCCAGACCGGGGCUGGGCACAGGAGGUUUCCGCUAAGGAGGUGAUAUCUCUUGUCUUAGGGGAAGGAUGUAGAUACAUGUGGCUUUGGAUUAACACCUGUGACCAGUGAUCAGUAAAUGAUCUCUGGGUUGGGCCUUGGGAGGGGAGUUUUUCAAAAGAAUCCAGAAUCUCCUGCUCUUGAUCAGUCCAUCUAAAAACACCAGGGCAAUUGUCCAGUAAAGCAGAGCCUCUCCUGCCCUAGAAGCUUUGGUGGAUUUCUCCAGCAGGGUAAUAAAUUUCUGUCACUGGCCCUACUCAACAUCCGGGGUCUGUUUUCCUAGGAGAGGGACUGGGGAGGGCAAGACCAGACAGGUUGUGUGAGGAGAUGGAAGGAAGGCAGCAGGAAUCCACAACGAGGCCACCAGAUCUUCGUGUCAAGAGCGGCGUUAAAGCAUCUUUGCCCACAGGCCCAACCCAAGUCCCAGCCUCUCUGUCUGGGCUCCCCUGGUGCCCAUGGUCUAACAUGCACCCUGCUCCAGCCAGAUUACCUCAGGCCUUUGUGCUUACCCGUUGCAGGCCCUCUGCCAGUCCCCUGCUUAUCCUCUCUGCCGCUCUGAGAGACUGUGCCCAACCGCUGGGGAUCUUGGCGGGUGGGCUCUUGGCCACCACAUUGAAGUUGCACUCUUUGUAUAUAUCACAUGCUGCCUGAGUUACACAGCCAUCUGAUUUCUGCCUCUAGUUUUGUAAGCUCCUUGAGGGCAGGUACCAUAUCUUAUACUUGUAUUCUCCAUGGCACCUAGUGCAGUGCUGGGCACAGAGUAGGUGCUCAAUAAAAAGUUGUUGAA